UUGCAGGGUGAUUUUAGACGCUUCAUACUCUGCAAUGGAGUUAUCCAUUUACCAUCUUCUCCCCUAUUUAAAUGAACAGGGUGCUCUGUUUUCCUACAGUAUUCUACAGUCUUGUUUAUCUUCUUUGCAGAGAAGAGAUGGGGGAAAUAAAGAUCGAAGGGCCGAUAAAAACUAUCGUUGUUCUUGUUCAAGAGAAUCGAUCUUUCGACCACAUGCUCGGAUGGAUGAAGCGGCUUAAUCCAGAAAUUGAUGGCGUAACAGGGCAAGAAUGGAAUCCUCUGUCCACUGCAGAUCCUAACUCCGCCAAAUUGUUUUUCGACGAAAAGUCGGAAUAUGUGGAUCCAGAUCCUGGCCAUUCUUACCAAGCCAUCAGAGAGCAGAUCUUCGGAAAUUCUACAGACACUGAGGCAAAUCCUCCUCCCAUGAAUGGAUUCGCUCAGCAGGCCGAGAGCAUUCAGACAGGCAUGUCGGAGACCGUGAUGAAUGGCUUCAAACCAGAAGCUGUUCCAGUCUACGAGGCCUUGGUUAAAGAAUUUGCAGUCUUUGACAGAUGGUUUGCGUCCGUACCUGCCUCAACGCAACCGAACAGACUCUUUGUUCACUCUGCAACUUCUCACGGUGCAAUCAGCAACGAUUCCGUCAAGCUCAUUGAAGGAUAUCCGCAAAAGACUAUCUUUGAAUCCGUUCAUGAAUCCGGCCUGGAGUUCGGUAUUUAUUACCAGUAUCCCCCUGCUACUCUGUUCUACAGGAAUCUCAGAAAGCUCAAGUACAUAACCAAGUUUCACCAGUACAAUCUCAAGUUCAAGUCUGAUGCAAAGAACGGGAAACUGCCGAACUAUGUCGUCAUUGAGCAGCGAUAUUUUGAUCUCAAGAUUUUGCCAGGAAAUGAUGAUCAUCCUUCGCAUGAUGUUGCCGAAGGUCAGAAAUUUGUGAAAGAGGUUUACGAGACGCUGAGAUCGAGUCCUCAGUGGAACGAAAUGGUGUUCAUUAUUACUUACGAUGAGCACGGGGGUUUCUUUGAUCAUGUUCCUACGCCUGUCAGAGAUGUGCCCUCUCCUGACGAAAUUGUAGGCCCCAAACCCGAUUUCUUCAAAUUCGACAGAUUAGGUGUUCGUGUGCCUACCAUGGUGAUUUCUCCCUGGAUCAAUCCAGGAACUGUGGUGCAUAAACCAAGCGGGCCAUACCCUUCCUCAGAAUUCGAGCACUCAUCAAUACCUGCAACCGUGAAGAAAAUCUUCAAUCUGAAAGCAGAUUUCUUGACAAAGAGAGAUGCUUGGGCGGGAACUUUCGAAGGCGUAUUAAAAUUGCGGGAGAGUCCAAGGACAGAUUGCCCGGUUACUCUACCAGAACCCUCAAAGCUGAGACCAGGAGAAGCAAAUGAGGAGGCGCGUUUAAACGAAUUUCAGAGUGAACUGGUUCAACUGGCAGCUCAAUUGAACGGAGACCACGCUCUGCCUAGCUACCCGGAUGAGCUCCCAAACAAGAUGUGCGUAAGAGAAGCUCAGCAAUACAUUGAGCGCUCUGUAAAUCGCUUCUUUGAGGCCUGCGAAAAGGCAAGGAUGGACGGUGAAGACGAAUCAUAUAUUGUAAAUCUUCCAUGUGAGACGACAGGCGACGGAGCGGAUUCAUCAGAGCCUUCGGGAAUCCGGCGGGUUUUACGAAAAUUGAUAUCCUGCAUUACCUGUAGCACUUAAAAUUACUAAAAAAUUAUAUCUUAAUCUCCAGCCAUGUGUAGCGACAGAUUAUCCGGAGUUGGAAGUCAGAAUUUGCCCUGAAUCUUAAUAUUUUUCUCACAGGAAACUCCACGAAUUCAAAUUAAAUUUUAGCCCUAAUAAACACAGAGGCUUCUGUAACUGCCGAGUUGCAGAAUAACGAGGUAGCGUUUGCCGCUGAAGACAAAAGUUUUAAGCAAUUUGUUGUUGGACUUUUUUUUCGUCUUGUUGCUCUCUGGUUUGUUUGGUGUUCAGCUUUGAUUUUGAGUUUUAGCAGCUCUGAGGAAUGAUUAAAUAUGUGAUUGUCAAGUCAGAGCAUAGUUUGGCUCUAGUUUUGGCCUGUAACGUUGUAGCUCUGGUAGCUGCUUAUUUUUUUAUUCAUUGUAAUCAGUGCUUUGUUUGAUAUAUUUAAAAAAGUUUGA